GACUCACUCCCUCACUCCCUCUCUCGAGCUCACCGCAUGAAGAUGUUCCAUCUCUCUUGACCAGACAAAGUUGCUCCUCGUUUUGCUCUUCCCCUUCACACUUGUCGCUGAAAAUAUUACAUUGCACGCUCCUCUUGGCCAGUCCGUGCCUAGUCCUUGGUCUUUAGCUCUUGUAUUCCCCUCCCAAGAUGCUCGUUAUAGUCUCGGUCUAUGGGCAGUGCGAAGGACUCCGAACAUUACGCUAUACAAAAGGGCGUCGAAUAUAGGGAAAUCGCGGGACGCAACUUGUUACGAUUUUCCGUGCAACACACAUAAUCCGAGCUUAUCGCUGCUCAUUUCCACAUACGCUAUUACUGCUCCUCCGAAAGUCUUGCGAUUUACUAUAGUAUUAACACUGGUGACGAUGGCAUCUGUCUUUACUUACGACCCCGAUCCUCCACGGGUGUCUUCUCCGUGGUCGACCACGUCGGGCUCAUCGACACCCCAGAUGAGCUCUACCAGCAACCGUGUGGUGCCUCGGACCCGAUCCAGCACCACGCUGAACCGGGCCGACCCCGACCUGCUCUCGGAUUAUGGCAUUGCUAAGCUGGAGCCCGAACCGCAAGAAGGCCCUACCGAGUACAAACUGCAUCUGCUGCUGCGGCCCCGCCGUCCGUUUGUCGCCAUGUCUACGGGCCAUCUGGUUGGAGGUUCCUAUCACUUCCGCGCGAGCUUGUCCACCGCCAGCCCGACGCCCUCGAGCUACGAAUCAGCGGCCAGACCACCGCAGGCCCGCUCGGCGGAAAGUCGUCAGCAAAGACUGCAGCACUUAACCACGCAGUUGCUGUGGCGUCUCCAGCAGUCGUCGCCCUUCCAUUCGUCUACUGCGGCCAAUUUGGUUCUGCCCGUGCUUCCGGACGCGAGCCCUUCGCUGGGUGCGCCUCAGAAGCCCGCGCGGUUGCUUCCGGGCCUCGAAGAGAGCCAGGGAGCAUUGUACGAGAUUGGCGUGGCCGAUGAUGGCACGUUCGUCGGACUGACUGCUGAUGAGCUGGAAGAGAGUCUGUCCACGCUGCAAGUGAUGGCGGCCAGCCUGGGCUGCAAGGUCGACAUCCUGCGAAGGGUCAUUGUUGGCAAGUGCGAGUGGAUAGAAGACUCCUGCGAUGCUCAUGCCGAUACCGGCAAGGUUCAUACGGAGAGUCUCUGGGUGGCCGAGGCGCUUGUGAGUCCUGACUGGGAAUUCUACCGGGUCGAGUCUCCAAAGGCAGGCUCGGUGGAGGGCGAGGCUUCCGCGAGCACACCGGAAAGGCGGCCUGCGCUGGGCGAUUCGUCUACAACCGAGCAAAUCCGCAUCUCCAUCUCUGGCCCGAGUGCGGCGGGCAAGUCCUCCCUUCUGGGCACUUUGACCUCGUCUGUGCUCGACAAUGGCCGGGGAACAAGCCGGCUAGGGUUGCUGAAGCAUCGACACGAGAUAUCAUCUGGCAUCACCAGCUCGGUAGCCCAUGAGCUGAUCGGGUACGCCUCGAACGAGUCCACUGCCGACACUGUCGACGUGAUCAACUACGCUUCAGGCAAUAUUGCUGCAUGGGAUGACAUUCAUGCUUCAUCAGAGGGUGGCCGUCUAGCUUUCGUGUCUGAUCUUCCAGGAUCUGUCAGAUACUUGAAGUCCACUUUCCGGGGGAUCAUCAGCUGGGCUCCACAUUACGUCUUUCUCUGCAUCCCAGCUACAUGUGACGAUGAGACGGUAGCCGAGACCGCCAACGGUGCCUCUGAGCAAGCUACCGAACUCUCGCAGGCAUUGUCGCACCUGGAACUCUAUGCCAAACUGGAUCUUCCUACUGUGAUCGUGAUUACCAAAAUGGAUAAUGCAUCUCGCACGGGUCUGAGGAAGAACCUAGCGCAGAUCCUUUCUGUCCUCAAGUCCUCUCGGAGGAAGCCUUCCAUGUUGUCUAUGCCAGCAGGUCCUGUCACGGAUUUGCAACAUGUUGGCGUAAAGGAUGUCGAUGAAGUAAGGAAAUUGGUUGUCUCGACGGAUAGCUGGCAGUCUACAGUACCCAUUGUUCUUACAAGUGCCGUGGAUGGCUCGGGAAUAGCAAAGCUGCAUGCUUUGCUUCGGUGCCUCCCGAUCCCCAAAAGGCCGCCAUUGAGAGAUGUCUCUCUUCCGAAGGCUCUCGCACCGCCAAUUUCCUUCGAGACAGUGUUUGAUGUCGACGAGGUGUUCGCCAUCCCCCCGUCGAAGGUGACCCACACGACCGAUCUCACAUCCCUUGCGCUGACGUGCUCGGCUCUGCAUUCGCUGGCGAUUCCGCAGAUGUACUCCCGCUUCGAUAUCGUCUGGCCGGAAACCCUGUCCACCUCCGACCAUCCAGCUGGCGUGGAUGCUCUUUCCUACGGGCUGGCGACUCUGGUCAUGGGCGAGGAUAUAUUCCGCGAAGUGCCUGCCCGACGGUCCCAGCCUUGUUCACAUUGUGGGUGCAGCCACCCGCCAGGUCCGACCGAGGCGAGCGCAUCACCACGAAUCCGGCGCGGCAACUACUACGCGCAGUAUACCCGCAAGUUCUCGGUCGGCAACGGACCGUUGCAAUGGGUGCAGGAGUAUGCAGUGACCAAAGAGACGGGCAAAAUGCUGGGUACGCUUGUAGCGCUGGCGGUGGCGCGCAUGGUGAACCUGGAGACCUUCAUCUGGGACAUGCCCACCGGGGUCUUGCGGGAUGUGUGGGUUGCGUUGGCGUCGCUGGCGACUCGCCAGGGCCAUGAAUGUCGUCUGGAACGCGUUUGGGUCCGCUGGCACGACAAUUCCGACAACGCCCUGCGGUCUCUGGUGGCUGCAGCGCCGACAGCCUCGUCGGUCACUCUCCCUCAUGCACCAGCUACUGUCCUAGGGUCUGCAGGGAACACAGCCUUGUGGCAACGCUACGGACACGUGGAAUACCCCUCUCUGUCGAUCCUACCAGCCUUGAAGAGUCUUAGCGUUUUGGACAUUGACGAGCCGUCGUACUUGGAGGAGAUGGGGGUGUUAGUCGAGCGGUCGCGUCAUCGAUUGAAAGAGCUCCGCAUUGGGAUCUCCAACAAGGCUUGUCAAGCCGCCUGGCUGAAGCCGGCAGGCAACUGGCAAGCUCAGCAACCAACGCUCCCGAACGGGAUCAUUGGCUGGCCCCGGUCAGGGGGCGUGCUGGGGGUGGUUCUUGGCAGGUCCGAAGAUCUCACUCGGCCAGAAGGGGCGCGUGUCUCAACCACCAAGGGGGAAGCCGCUACGACGCCUCCUGAAACCAGUCCGGCGGCCGGUAGCGCUCCUGACAACAGGGGUCUGUCGACAGCGGGAUCUUCGCCUCAUUCCAAUGACGGGAUCCCUGGGCUGUCCCUAAUUAUGGAACACACGCACAUCACCAGCCCGGCUGCGUCGUCCCCGCCAGCGAGCAAGCCCGCACCAAUCCCCAACAAGCCCACGGGUCCAGGGACGGGGGUGGAAGCUGCCCCCGAACACGGUCGCCGGCUGUUACAGCUUGAGACGCUCGAGUUGGAGCGGGUUGCGCUGUCGAUCCCGGUGGCAGUGCAUGUGCUGGACUGGAGCAAGCUGACCACGUUGACCAUCCUGCGGUGCGAGAACCACGAGAAGCUCUGGCGGGCGCUGCGCCGUCAAUUCUCCCCGUCGCCGUCCCGGGGGAAGGGUGGGGCCAGUCCUGAGUACGCCCUCCGGCUGAAGCACAUCCACACUGACGCGGUAUCGCCGUACCUGCUGCUGUUCAUCAAGGAUACACUAGCGCCCAACACCUUGGAGACGCUGUUCCUGCACGAGUCGCCGAUGUCCGAGUCGAUCGUCACCAUCGACGCGAUCUACAAGAAUGCGAUCCGCAACCAUCACCUAAGCCUGCAGAAGAUCCUGGUGGACAGCAACCAGCGAUCGCCGGGGGGCGCGGAGAUGGCUCCGUCCCGAUGGUACAAAUGGAUGUUCACGCGACCGAUGAUUACGUUUCUAAGCAGUGGCCGGAUGCCGCGGCUGCGGGAGUUGUCGAUUACCCUGCACGCCAGAGACUGGCACUACUUCGUCCAACGGCUCCCGUACAUGCCACAGCUGCGUGCGCUGCACAUCCCGCACAUCGCGCGCCACAUCCAACGCGACCCGAAAGAACUGGCCAUGCUCAUUCUGGACGUCGUCACCAUCCGGCCCGAGAUCGGGCUGACCUACCUCGGUAUUCAGAGCAAGUGCUACGAGAUCUUGGAGGGCAAAGAGGGCGAUCCCGGGAGCGAGUACUACGACACGGACGACAGCCACAGCGAAGGGUUCGUGCCGGGGGGCGAGGACUGGCCGGGCUCCGAGACCAACGACGAGGACGAGUCGGACGACGAUGGCGGGGCCAGCGCGAUCCACCCCCUGUCGGAUGCUGCGUCGUCGGAGGGCCGGGGGUCGUCGGACGGGGAGGAUGAGGGGGAGGGCAGGUCGCGCGUGACGUUCCGGCUCCGCGAGAUAUUGUUCUAUGACGACAAGAUUGCCAUCUUCAAGGCCCGACACGGGGUGUUGUGAGAUUCAUGAUGAUCUGAGGCUUAAGAUACCAUAGCGAUUUCGUUUGGCUUGAGUUGAGCAUAUGAGAUUGAUGAGUUACUCGGGGGUAGCUGCUGGAUGUAGAAUAACCCAUGAGUUACUACUUUUCAUGAUUCGAUAUGCAUAAAU